AUGGGUAGUGCAUGUUCUAACAGCUAUGCCAAUGCGGUUAUGUCUGUUUGGGAGUCAAGAUAUCUUUUAAAUGGUCCUUUUAAACAUUUAGUUAUGUUUUAUAGAAGAUUUGUGGACGACCUUUUCAUUUUAUGGAAGGGCAAUAAUACUGAGCUGUCUGAAUUUAUUGUUUAUCUUAAUGAAACCUCACAAUUUGUGAAAUUUACAUUGAAUUAUUCUGAUAAAGUGAUUAGUUUUUUAGAUGUUUGUAUAGAAAAAGAUGAUUUGAAUAUUUUAUCUACUAGAUUAUAUAGGAAGAAAUGUCAUGCAAAUAAACUUUUAAGUAGAGAUAGCAUGCAUCCUAGGCAUAUAUUUAAAAAUGUAGCUCAGAAUCAAUUUUAUAGGGUUUUGAGAUUAUGUGAUAGAGAAGAUGAAUUUAAGAAGCAAAUGGAUAUAGUAGGUAGUGAACUAAUAGCAGGAGGCUAUGAUCAUGACUUGGUUACUGACAGUGCUACAGUUGUUAAAAAUAAAUCAUCUAACAUAAAAGAAAGUAUCCUGUCCAAAAGUACACGAGAAAGUGGAAACAAACCUCCUUCAUACUUGUUGAACCUUGACUGUCAAGAACCUCAAAUGAGAUACAGUUUGGGGGAAAAAUCAGCCACAAACAGAGUAAGUAAAGUUAUAAUGGUUGUUGGAGCAACUGGAUCUGGUAAAAGUACUCUCAUCAACGGAAUGAUAAAUUAUAUCCUGGGAGUUCACUGGGAAGAUAAUUUCCGUUUCAAACUGGUUGGUAAAGAAACCUCACAGUCCCAAGCUGUAAGUCAGACAUCCAACAUCACAGCAUAUGAAAUAAACCACCAAAAUGGAUUUAACAUUGAAUAUUCAGUAACCAUUAUUGAUACACCAGGCUUUGGUGAUACCAGAGGGAUAAAAAGAGACAGAGAGAUCAUUGAAUUAGUGCGGGAUUUUUUCUAUAAUCCACAAGGUGUAGACCACAUUGAUGCUAUAUGUUUUGUUACUCAGGCCUCCUUGGCUCGUUUGACACCUACUCAGAAAUACGUCUUUGACUCCAUUCUUUCUAUUUUUGGAAAUGAUAUCAAAGACAACAUAUUAAUACUUACUACCUUUGCAGAUGGUCAGAAGCCACCCGUUUUAGAAGCCAUCAUAGAUGCAGACAUACCCUGUCAAAAGGAUGCAGAGGGAAACCCAAAAUUCUUUAAGUUCAAUAACUCAGCUUUAUUUGCUGAUAACUCAAAGGAUUUAGGUGCAGAUGAUGCAUUUGAUCACAUGUUCUGGAAAAUGGGACUAAGCAGCAUGAGGCAUUUUUUCAGUGAGUUAAACCACCUCGAUACAAAAAGUUUAGUUUUAACAAAAGAAGUUUUACAUAACAGAAAGCAACUUCAGACUGCUCUUAAUGGUUUACAAAUCCACAUUCAAAGUGGACUGUUAAAACUGGAAGAAAUCAGGAAAACAACUAAGAUAGUAAAACAACAUGAAGCUGAAAUUAUUGCAAACAAAAACUUUGAAUAUGAAAUUGAUACACACAUCUGUAACAAAGUAGACAUCAGUGGCACUGGUAAAUUUGUAACCAACUGCCUGAAAUGCAAUUUCACCUGCCACUAUCCAUGUGCGUAUUCAAAAGAUAAAGAUAAGAAGUCGUGUAGUGCGAUGCACAACGGCUACUGCAAUGUUUGCACAAAACAUUGUGAAUGGAACUCUCAUGUUAACAAUUCAUACAGGCUUGAAUAUGAAAUCAAAAAAGAGAAAAGAACAUAUGAUGACCUGAAAGCAAAGUUUGAAGAGGCUUCUGACAGCAAAUUGACAGCCCAUGGAGUACUUUUUAUUUUAAAAUCAGAAUACACAGAAGUGAGGUGUUCAGUUCUUUCUCUUGUUAAUGACUCUGUUAUGUGCCUUAAAAAGCUGGAUGAAAUAGCACUAAAACCAAACCCUCUGUCCUCUCCAGACUAUAUCGACCUUCUCAUACAUAGUGAACAACAGGAAUGUAAGGCUGGCUGGAAGGAACGGGUUGAAUCAUUACAAGAAGUGAAAAAGCAAGCUGAACUAUUAGCUAGAGUUAGCAACAAAGAAUAUUUGUUACCACAUGAACUAGAAGAGGCUAAGGAAUUAAAAGAACAAGUGUCAUACAUUGCGUCAAUUAAAAGCCGGUUCAAACAAUUCCUUCAUAUGAAUUGAACCCAUAUUCCACAAUAAGAAUACUAAUGCUCUGAAGUGAGCUUUGAACCAAAACUCCUCAUGCCUAUAUUAUCAAUAAUGUCUACAGCCAUAGCAAUGAGAAGCUAAGCAUGCAACUUUCUUUGUCAGCGGAUGUGCCAAGGCAUCAUAAGUUGUGGUGUCUGAACCUAGUCAUAAAUCAAAUACAUUUUAAUUUGAAUGCAUCUUUGUAAAAACUAUAAACUAUGUAAAAGAAGAAACUUAUACAUUUUGACUUUUAUUUUCUUAUACUGGUUGACGUUUCUCACAUUUUUGUUCCUAACCCAUAAUCAUAAAUAGUUAAAAAUAUAUCCUUUACUGUAUGCAGACACUAUAUAUGAAUUUAGGUUAGACCAUUCAUCUGGCAUUUUUUUAUUAACCUUUGUGAUAGAUUUAGUAAAUGAAACUACAUUUAGAUUAUAUAAUAAUAUAAUUCUAGUUUUCUAAGCAAAUAAUGCUUCCUGAGAAAAAGAUUGCAGGAAUUGUAACCUGUCAAAAAGCUAGUUACAAAUUGCUAUUACAGUCGCAUUCACUGAAAAAUAACGACUAAAAUACAGUUUAUUCAUGCAAAAUGGAAUAAUGUUAAGUCAGUAAAUCAAUAAAUUUAUGAUUGCUUAUAAGGCAUUUGUGUCUGUUUCAAUAAUUUAGGAGUCACGGUAAAUUAGAUUUGAUUCUGAGCUGCACGCUUUUCUUGUUUUACUCACAUAUUUAACAGAAAGUUUGUUAUAAUUUCUUUUGCAGUCAAAUGUUGUAUUUUUGGAUAUGCAUUCUUAUAUACAUUUAAAAGCAAUACAAUUAUAACUGUAUUUCCAUCAGAGGUGUCCUUGUCUGUUCCAGCUAAAACAACAAUGUUUCAAUAGAGAUCAUUUAUGCAAAUCCUGCUGCAUCUUUUUCUAUGCAUCUGGCAAUGUUACUCAUGACUUUCUUAUUUCAGUGACAGUUUAUGGUUUUCAUUAGUUGUCGGUACAUUAUUAUUUACUUCAUUGCAGCUAAUUCUUUCUGCUCUGCUAUUGUACUUACAUUUGUUUGACAGCCGAGUAAACAAGGAACCCAUGUAGUCUGCCCUUUAUGUUCAUUUAGCAUUCUGACUUUCCUCUAUCCCUGCAUCUCCCUCCAUCUUUAUUUACAUGUUUUAUGCCCUGUUCAGUACCUCCUU